UUUGAAAUUUUGAAUAAUUUAACGAUGAAAAUUAAAGUGUUUCUUCUGAUGCUCCUUGCUGUCCUAAUUAAGGCAGAGUAUAAUGAACAGUUUGCAAAAGAGGUCUUUUAUGUCACAGCCAUGUCUAAUUGUGAGGCUUCUAAAAUCCCGACUGGAGACUGAGGACAAGCUACUAAAUUAACUAAUGAGCUUGGUAUGAAAUUAAUCUACUCUCAAGGAAAUGGAAGAGAUGUUAACAAGAUCACAAAGGUUAUUAUGAGGAAGGAUCAAGACAAGAUGCUUUAUGUUGCAUUCUCUGGUACUAAGAAUAUCGGCCAACUAGCACAAGAGAUUUUACAAUCUUACGGAAUAGAGUAUGAUAUUCAUCCUGAAGUGAAAGAUGCCCAAGUUAUGAAAUAUUUCUAUUCCAAGUAUGUGGAAGAUUUUAGAGAUGACUUCCUUGAAGAGAUCAAGAAAGCUCUGAAGUUAAACCCAGGAUACGACGUUGUAUUCACUGGUCACUCUCUAGGAGGAGCUAUGGCAGUUCAAGCACUUGCAGAUUUCAUGCUGCUUGGUCUUGGUGAAGGAAGAAAAGUUUAUGGAUAUACAUUUGGACAACCUAGAGUUGGAAACCAUCAGUUUAUGGACUCCUUCAUAGACAAGGUUGAAGGAUUCUAUAGAGUCGUCCAUAAUAAAGACCUAGUAGCUCAUAUUCCUCCUUGUGUUAUUGAUUUAAGCUGGAAUUGUAGAAAAGAUGGUUGGUUGUCUUUCUACCCUUAUCAUUCAUCUCAAGAAAUAUGGUAUAACGAUGAGUGGGCAGAUUUCAAGAGAUGAGAUGAAAAAGAAGGUGAAGACUCUGAAUGUUCGAACAGUCAGUUCAACAACUCUGUGGAAGAUCAUUUGAACUACUUCAACAUUAACAUAGGAAAAUUCUUAGCUUCUGUAAUUAGUCCAUAAUUUAAAUUAUCUGGCUCUA